AUGACUCGUCGCAUUCGCGCAAAAAUUUCAACGGGAACUUACUUUGAACUAACAGAAUGGAUGAAGCAGUAUACAGCUCAUUUUGGCAACUUUUAUCGUAAUGCAUUGAUGAACCUUGCGUUGGGAGAAAUUCAUAAUAUACCUCGAAGUUGGCUUCUAGCUUUCAAACAUGCUUACAAGGGCGACAUGACCUUCUACAUAAAUUUUGCAUUAGGAAUGAGUGCUCAUAUUGGGCGUGAUCUAGGCAUUACAUUAAGCGAACUUGAUCCACUUGGGAUGAAUGCAACAGCUAAAAAGUCCGAUAGUCAGAAAGUCAAUAAUAUAAUUCACAACUGUUCACUUGAAUUGAUAACAGCGUUGACUGACUUUUAUGCACCUGUUCUAAACUUGACCAACUGGAAAACACUUUUAUAUUUGACUUUGGACACAUUCACAGAUGUACUUCGUGGUAUUGCAUGGAACAAUGCUGUUUUUAUUGCAAGCUAUCCGGUGGCAAACAAAACUGCAAUACGUAUUAUGGAUGCUGAUGCAUGGAUCUUGGGUGAAACUCUCGUGGCUCUUGCGCCUCUCUUCAGAGCCUUAAGGCAAUAUGAACGUUCAUUUCCUUUCGAACAUUUCUGCACAGUCGUACCAUGGGGCUGCGCAGGUAAUAAUGACUAAUAAAAGAUUCUUGAAAUUUAUAUAUUUUCUGCAAACACAAAGAUAACAUACAAUGCAUUUCAUUUACUUGUUUCUUCAAAUUAUUUAAAAGAGACACACUAUAUCCGAAACUCCAGUCAUGCUUCACGAUAUCCAUCUUGUGGGUGUGGGUGGAGAAAUCUACUGAAAACAGACCGAUCUAUUUGGUGCAGAAACAAAUGUGUUCAAUCUGCUUGUCCCAACUCUUGCAUUUCACCAAUCGCCUAAGUCUAACUUUGAUGAAUUGAAUAAAGGAUUAAUCAUUGCCCUGUCUAAAAGAAAUGAAUAGCUCUGUUCGACGACGCGUCUCGUAGCAUUAAUUGAGAUGUAGACACUUAUCAGGGCUCGACGUCGAUAUUAAGAGAGCGCCCAUGAGUCCAUCGAGGACUGUCUCAGGGACCAUGCCCCGUCAAGGUUUCUUUUGAUUUGACAUCAGAAUCAGUGAAGUGAGAAAUUUAUAACCUGAAAGUUUUAUCGGAUUUGGUUGGACUAGUGGAAAGUGAGAUCUAUCGAACUUGUCAGUAUCCAUCAACUUUUAUGAAAAAUUUGUGUAAAACACCAUCCGAUCAAUUGGAAGUCGAUCACGCGGCAGUGUAUCAAUGAAAAUUUCAACGCAAUAUAUCACGAGAUAGAGCAUCGAAAGCCGAACAAAACUAGCUAGUCUGACAUUAUAUUUCAUCCACUGGUUAGGCUUCAUAUAUCCUACACUGUCCAAAAUUAUUCGUAUUUUGCGGUAAAGAAUGCUCAAGUUUUACGCUGUAUCGUUUGUUGUAGAGUUAGGUUAAAGAGUUUCACGCUUAUUUUCACAUAUGUUGUACAUCUUUUUCUGUUCUACAAAAUGAUCAGAUCUCCGAAAACAAAUCUGGCAAUUGUGUACAGAAAUGGCCUACACUACUGAUCUAUGAAGCUGUGCUUAAAGAGGAGGAUGUAGGUGUGGAUCUUCUUUUCGUAAAAAUCCACAUCCACACCCACACGCUUAGAAUGAGUUUUCCUUUCACAAUAUCAGUAUCUGAUAAAAUUAUUUGUGCUCUCUGAAGAACUAUAAAUGUACAUGUAUUUCAUCAUGAUGGCUACACGACAUUUUUUCUAUAUAUAAACAUUACAAAGAAAAUUUGACUGUACAGCAGCUAAUGGUAAAACUACAAUAAUAGAUCUAAAGGGUGAUCCAUAAGUCUUGGGCCCUCUCAGAAAAAAUUGUUGUUUUCUAUUUAUUACCAAUUCAAAAAAGCUCAAAAUUGGAUAUAUGAUCCCUUGUAACAUGGUGAAUAUUAUCC